AUGUGGAAAUUCGCCGAUGAUUGCACAAUCUCUGAAGUGAUACCACCCUUCAAGCAAAGCUCUCUUCAGCAAGCUGUUGACUAUAUCGAUGCAUGGUCUCAAGAAAAUCGAUUACAAUUGAAACCAACUAAGUGUAAAGAAGUACGAUCAUCUUUCAAGAGAAACCCCCCAUCAUUCCCUUUAGUCGAACUCAAUGAUUUCCAGUUAGAAAGAGUUAGCGUGGCCAAAAUUCUUGGCGUGUCAAUCCGGGACGAUUUUAAGUGGAACGACCAUAUUGGUAUUGUCACCGUAAAAGCCGCAAAACGACUGUAUCUUUAGAGACAAUUAAAAAGAGCCGGGAAUCCGGGAUCUGUCCAAAAGAUCUUAUCACUUUUUACUGUAGUGCCAUCAGAUCACUUCUGGAAUAUUCGUGCCAGUUGUUUCAUCGGAGUCUCCCUAACUAUCUGUCAAAUGAACUUGAGAGUAUCCAAAGGCGCGCUAUGCGUAUCAUCCUCCCAGACUUGAAAUAUGCUGACGCGCUAAAAGACGCCGGCAUUUCCACUCUCUUCGACAGACGAGACCAACUAUCAAGUCAUCUUUUGGAAGAUAUUGUUAAUAAACCGGAUCAUAAGCUCAGUGGCCUACUUCCACCGCAAGCACAUCAUCAUAACGAUUUAAGGAGUGAACGAAGGUUCAAUGUACCUGUUAGUAAGACGGAUCGUUUUAAAAAAUCUUUUAUUAUUAGUCAUAGCUCAAAUAAAUAAAUUUUAACAACAAUUAAUCUAGGUGAUAAAGUGACUUCCUCUUAUUUUUAAUUAUUUAAAAUUGUUGUAAUAAUGUAUAAAACUCAAUUGUUGUAAAUAUUCACAUAAUUCAGUCUACGACUGCAAAGUGUUUUAUUUGAAUAAACGAAUCUAAUUAAUUAAUUAAUUAAACCUACCUUACGAAGUGCUAUGUAGCUUGCGCUUACGUGGUACGCGAUAACGUGCGCUUAAGUACAAUGAGAUUGUUCCAGACUACCUACCCAAACGUCCACCUAACCGUUUCGUUAAACAAUGCCUCAAAAAUAAUUUUGCUGGCAAAGAGAUCCAGGAAAGUGACAUUACUUGUUUAAACCAUUUCAAGUCAAAAAUUCAAAUUAAAAGUUUCAGAAACAAGAAACUAAGUUACCUGAUACAAAUAACCACAUACAUUCUACAUAGGCCAGCAAUGCCUUCUGGAAGAAGCUCUUACUUUCAGCACUGAACAUGCAGAUGCAUGUUCAGGUAUUGUAGAAGAAGCUAGAUCCAAGUACAAAAGUAGUUCAUCCAACAAGGAACUGAUGAGAAAAAUGAACAAAAGAGCUAAAUUUGUUGAAGUUGACAGUGAUUAA